GCGCACUUUGAAUCUUCCUUUUUGUUGCGACCUUCGGAUUGAAGGACGUGAAACGUGGUUCUUGCUGCAGGAGGUUGGCUCUGUUUGCCUUAGUUUUGGUCGAGGAUACUCUUGGCGUGUGACUGUUUGGACAUAACAAUGGGAAAGACAACAGACAAGAAGUCUGCCAAGGGCAAGAAGACCUCAGAGGUCAUCGAGAAGGCAAAGAAGAAGAAGGCACCACCGCCACCCCCAUCAUCUUCCGAGUCUGAGGAGGAGAGCAGUGAGGAAUCCUCUGAGGAGGAGCCUGUACCUGUUCCUCCCCCAAAGAAGGUAGCAGCUGCCAAGGGCAAGAAGACCACAGAGGUUGCCAAGAAAUCCUCCAAGAAGGCACCUCCUCCACCAUCUUCCUCUUCCGAGGAAUCCAGUGAAGAAGAAUCAUCUGAGGAAGAGGUUGCACCUGCCAAGGCCACAAAGGGUACCAAGCGCCCUGCACCCAAGAAGGAGAGCAGUAGUGAGGAAUCGGACAGUGACAAUAGCUCAGAUGAGAGUGAGGAAGAGCUUCCACCAGCUAAGAAAUCCAAAGCUGCGAGCAAGACUGCUUCCAAGCCACAAGCGAAGCAACAGCCGAAAAAGCAAGAGUCAAGCGAAGACGAAUCCAGCGAGGAGGAAUCAUCAUCUGAGGAAGAGGCUGCACCCAAGGCUAAGGGAACAAAGCGUGCUGCACCUGUAAAGGAUAGCAGUAGUGAAGAAUCAGACAGUGACGACUCGGAUGAGAGUUCAGAUGACCAGCCACCAGCUAAGAAAUCUAAAACUGUGAGCAAGCCGGCUCCUACGAAACUACCGAAGAAAAGUGCCCAGGCUGCUUCCAGCAGUAGUGACAGUAGUGACGAUGACGACGACAGUUCUGAAGAAUCAUCGAGUAGUGAGAGUGACGCACCUGUGACUAAGAAAGGCAAGGCUAAUGGCCAAGUCCAGGCUAAGCAAGCCCAGAGACCCGUAGUUGCGUCUAAGAAACGUUCUGCACCAGAGAGUGACUCUGACUCCGAGUCGGACUCUGAUUCCGAUUCUGACAGUGAUGCCUCGCCUCCCCCAGCCAAGAAGGCCAAGCCCACUCCAUCCAAGCCCGCUGCAAAGGAAGGUGGCCGCACUCCUAGCACUGGCUCCUCCGGUGGCAGCAAGACCUUGUUCGUUGGCCGAUUGGACUGGGGAGUUGAUGAUGCUACCCUAGCUCAGGCUUUCGACGGCUGCAGCAAUGCACGUGUCAUCACUGACAGAGACUCUGGACGAUCCAAGGGCUUUGGCUACGUUGACUUUGACGAUGCCGACUCUGCACAGAAGGCGAAGGAUGCCAUGGACGGACAGGAGCUGAACGGCCGCAACAUCCACAUUGACUUUGCUCAGGAGCGCGGUGAUUCUCCCGGUGCACGUGGCCGCGGUGGUCAGCGUGGUGGUGCACGCGGCGGUGGUCGCGGCGGCAGCGCCUCUACACCCAGCAAGACCCUGUUUGUUGGCAAGCUCGACUUCAACCUGGACAGCGACUCUCUAGCUGAGUACUUCGAGGGUUGCAGCAAGGCCCGUGUCAUUACCGACCGCGAGUCUGGCCAAUCCAAGGGAUUCGGAUACGUUGACUAUGAAGACGUAGAGUCAGCCAAGAGCGCUCUGAGCUCCAUGCAGGGACAAUCGAUCAAUGGCAGGACAAUCCAUAUGGACUAUGCUGCUGAGCGCACAGAUUCCCCAGGUGGUCGUGGUGGUCGCGGCGGCCGUGGUGGUGGAUUCGGUGGUCGCGGCGGCGGAUUUGGAGGUCGUGGCGGCGGAUUCGGUGGCGGUCGCGGAGGCGGAUUCGGUGGUGGUCGCGGAGGCCGUGGUGGUCGUGGUGGUGGUGCACCUCCUCAGAAGAAGGGAUCAAUCCAGGAGUUCAAGGGAAGCAAGAUGACGUUCGACGACUGAUAGUAGGAGCCAGUAUCUUGAUUUUUAUCUCUUGCAAACCAACAACCUAUCACCAGCUGUGCCGAAUCGAUGAGGGACCGGCCAUCCCAGUCAGAAAUGUAGCUAUGACUUUUCUAAGCUGGUUUGGGAGUGUAAAUCUUUGAGGUGGACCCUUCCCUCCGGAGAACACUGCACCAUGCCAUCCCUGCAAGCACGGUGUUCGUGCGUCUGUGCGUGCUAUGCACAUGUGUGCCACAUCACACCGAUGGCAGUUGUGUGUAUGUCUUAUCAUCAGUUCUACUGCUCAGUUCUACUGCGUUUGCAUGUUGACCGAGAUAUGUCGUGCACACCACUACAUGUGCUCCUUGCCUCUGUGCAUACAUAGGUUUGUUGGCAAGUACACAUCCUUUCUGCA